AUGAGCUCACAGAAAUUUACAAAUUCGUCUCAAUGGACACACGAAACAGCCUAUUAUGCUUUAAAAGCAGGUGGAAGCUCACAUAUUCUCAAGUCACUUGACCUAUACCUCAGACACCAUUUACCUAGAUUGCGAAAAUGUUAUGAAGUUAUUGUUUCUAAGGAUAAGUUUAAUACUAUUAAUUAUUCUUUUCCUCCUGAAAAAAAUUGGUCUCGAGAAAAGAUAGAAGAGGACCGACAAAAUCUUGUUAAUUUACUCAAUAUUGAUACCGAUGAGGCUUUAAGAAUUGUUCUCCAUGGUCAUUUACGCGGUGUUCUUAAUGCAGAAAAGCGGUUGGUUCAUCAUGUUCGCUUAUAUCUUUCUGAGCAACGACAUUUAUUAAAAAUAGUAGCGUUGUUGUUUUCAUAUCGUGUCAAUCUUCCUGAUCAUUUAAAUAAUGACUUCCAAAUACUAGCUGAUAAGUACUCCGCAGAAAUUCUUGCUGAACCGAAACUUUUUAAUGAAUUGAUAGAUACAAUUAUUUCGAAUUUUAAAAAUCCAAUUUUUUUGGAAAGGAGUGAGAAAAAUGAGUUAGCUUCCUUAUUUGUUAAAGAGUCUUUACUUUUUCAAAUUGAUUUACUAAACUUAUUGUUAGUUUCAAUAACGAGUGUGAUUCCUUCAUCUUCGCUUCUUAUCAAAUCGUGGAGCGAUGCCAUAAAAAUUACUGAAUUUUUUUCAUUUCCUCCUACUGCCAGUGAUUUGAACACCGAAACCAAUCUCAUAAAUACAAUUUCCUCACUUUGCCUUGCAAUAACAAUUGCAUUUUUCGAUUUUGAUCAGGAUUUAAGUAUUGAAGGUGUUUCUGUUUCUUAUAUCAACAAUUCGAAUGUAUUGAUUGACCUUCAUGAGACAUUUCUUUCUCUUUUGCCUUCAAAACCAUCAGCAUCUCCUGUUGUUUUAGGUUGGUCUUUCAUUUUAAAUGUUAUUGCAGUAAGAUCUGCUGAGUAUAAUGAUGAAGGAUUAAACCCUUUUUUUGCUAAAGCAAUUCCGAAAACAAUUUCUAGUCAUAAUGGCGAUUUAAGUGAAAUACCCAAAUUUGAACUUCUUAUGAAAGUCGCGUCUAAUAUAGCUCAUGAGGCGUUGUCUCUUGAUCCUUUUAGUAUGUUAGAAAAAAUGAUUCGUAUUUUACCUCAGGAUCCUUUAUAUGCUUCAGUUUUUAUGAGCUACAUUAAAGCGAGUCUUCCGCAUGUUGCCUUAACGGAAUCUUUUUCUGAUUGUAUAAACGUUAUUUUAAAACCAUUUCCCAAUAUUGCUCAGGAUUUGUUUCUAGAUGAAUUUGGUGAUAAGCUAUAUGAUUCGGCUGCUUUAAGGUUUCCUUUUGCAAUUAGUCCUUUUCUCAAGCUUUCACAAUGUUUGUCAUCUAAUGCUUUUGAUGCUUUAUCUAACCUCGAUACUUUUAUGCAAAAGUUACCUCGAAACUUUACCGAUUAUUGCUUUGUCGGUGACUCUAAUAAUAUUAUAGAACUGACCCAAAACAUUUGUUUAAUUCCUCCAAUGACUGAUAUGGACGAUAAUAAUAACAAUAAUAAUAAUACGAUUGUUUUGCCUCCAAAAGUUUGUGGGACUAUAAAUAAUAUCGGAAAUACAAGAUAUGUGAUUUGGAAUUACAAGUAUAAUGGAUGGUCUUAUCUUGGAUGUUAUUUGGAAAGAAUUUGCAAUGCUGCAAGUUUAAACAAGGCUAAUUCAUAUCAAUUUCCUUCAAAGAUCGUUACGGAAAUAAUCCAACUUUUUACUUCAACUCUUACUUCUUUAGGCAAUACCGACAAAUGCAGACAAUUUCUAACCAUGGCAACCGAAAAUUUAAUCGAAACUGACAUAAUUGAUCUCAUUUUUCAAAUAACUGAAUAUGCAUUGUUUUUGAAUUGUGAUGAAUUAUCUUCUGUUUGUCUUGGUUUUGCUUCAGCUUUAUUGAAUGUUCUUCCUGACAGAGUGUGGUCUUUUUUGGGCAGAAGUUCGAUAUUAGGUCGUAAUGGACAACAGAGUAGUAUUUCUACAGUUUUGGGUUCCAAGGAAAUUGUUGAUGGACGAUAUGAUCUCACUUUAUCUGCUUUAAAGCUUAUCAAAUCAUUGGUUGAUUCUUCUGUUCGUACGAUACUUGAUUCCAAGGUUUCUACCAAAGUUAAAUCCGAUGUUGUUGCAAAAUUUACAAGUCAUACUGUCAUGAUAUUUGAAAGUUUUUCGUAUUGGGCAUAUUCGGAUCCUCGUCAAAAAGUUGCAAUUUCUUAUGAAUGUCUUUCAAUCUUUACGAAUCUUCUUCAUUACAGUUUUGAUAUUGAUGAAGUUUCAUCUCUUGAAGACAAAGUUACUUCUCAAUUAGAAUCUGCUGCUUCUUAUUUAACUAACCAGUUCUUAGCCCCUGAAAGGGUUAUCACUAGAGCUUUGAAACCACUUUUAGGUGCAAUUGAAUCUUCAGCUUGGUCUAUUACUUCUUUAGAUUCUGAUUAUCCUUUGUCAUCAGAUGAAACGAUUUUGAUUUAUUCUGUUUUAGCCUUUUCAUCAGAAUUAGUUAGGGCUAGAACAUUUUUAAGGUUACCUCCUUCUCAACUUGAGAAAAGUUUGUUUUCUCUUUCACCUCAUUUAUCUAUACUAUUUACACGUUAUCCUGCAUUGCGAGUUGUUGUGAUGGACUUAUUCAUUUCCAUAAUACAGUCUCCAUGGCCGAGCCCUGAACAACCCUCACUUCUUGCUCAUCUUGGAAUGCAUGCUCAUAUGUUUAUUUCUAAUUUAACGGGCUCUCUUCAAAAUUCUUUGGAAAGUGAAGCUACUGUUAUAAAGAUCGCUGAAUUUUUUUCAAGCAUCAUUGAAAGUCAACAAGAAGGCUUAUCUAUUCUUUUAUUAACGGGAAGAGAUACUCGUAAAGCAUCACAUAUUGAACAAGAGGUAACUUCUCUUUUACAAGUUACUGAAAAAAAGGUGUCAAUGGAGGAUUCUGCUGAUGAAGUACUUUUACCACUUCUAAGAUCAAUGGCUGCGGCUUAUAGUAACUGGAAACUGGGGAAAUUUUCCAGUAAGCCGGAGCUAGCUAAAUCAUUAAUUCAGUUCGUUGACAAUAGGCUUAAGCUUGAUCUAACUGGUGAAUUAUUUGAUGACUCUAAACUUGUUGAGUAUUCAUAUAAGAUUUCAAUUGCUGAACAAUCUUUGCUUAUUUUUGCUGUUCAGUUGUUUAAAUCACCUGAAGGGCCUGGAAUUCAAAGGUUUAUUGAAUAUUUACAGAAAGACUUCAAGAUUUUGGACAUCUCCGGUGUAUUUUUUUCGAUUGAUAAACUUCAAUCUCUUCAACAUGAAAAUCUUAUUAAAAAUUUUGAUUUUCGGUGGCCUCAGCUUGGAGGUCUUAAAAAAUUUGCCAAAUCAAGAUUUUUGCCUCUUACCUAUGGUUCAUCUUAUAUUUAUGAUUUAAAUCUACUUGACAUUGUGUUAGGAGAUGAAAAAUCAUGGAUGGGAUACAGAAAAGAGGUGAUUUCUGGAAACUUUUCUUAUUCUUGGGUUGAUUCUCAACUUCGGUUAACCCAAGCAUGGUGUACAUUUUGCACUUCUUUGGCAACUUAUCUUUCUAAAUGCCUUAAGAUGGAAAAUAAUGCUAUUCAUAAAAACCUUUUGGUUAUGUUAAAUGAAGUUUCUGAUAUCGCUGUUGAGAAGGUUAUAGCUGAAGAAUACUCAACACCAGUACUUCUUAAUUCAAUUGAAACCCGCCUGAGUUUAGUUUUUAUGAUUAAAUAUGCGGCUUUUAAAGCAGGGGUUUCUACUAAAGCAUAUAGCAGUUUAUUAAGGAUUUACAACCUUCUUGCUUCCCCGGAUUACAAGCUAAUUGAAGGAAUAUCAUUUAAUGGCCGCCUAGAUGCCCCAAGCAUCACACAUAAACAACUACUGAGAUCCAUCGCUAUAAUGCUUGAAGAUUUUAAAGGCAUUACCGAAAAUAAUAUUCAAACUUAUCAAAUUCUACAGAUUGUAACUGGUUUAUUUGGUACUGUUGUGAUAAAUGGGAUGAUUGCUGCUGUUCAAGCUGCUAUAUCAGAUCCAAAGGCUGGUGCUGAUUCUAAUAUGGUGAUAAUUAUAUCCAUUUUAAAGAAAUGUUUGAAUUUGGAAGGUAUCAAAGGUUUAUAUCCUAAAGUUGCAAGCCUUCUUUCUGAGUCUCAGUGCGUUAAAUCAGUGAUGAGAUUAUAUUCAUAUACAGAUGUUCUCACGAAUGCUAACGAUGAAUAUGUUUAUGGAGAGCUAGCACUGGCAUAUCUUUUAGAGUGGUUAAAUAUAGAUCAAAUACCUGAUCAGUUAAUUUCGAAUGGACUUUUUGAUUUGUUAAUGGAAAGUCCUAUUUCAAGAAAAAUUCAAGAAGGCAAAGUCAAACCAACCACCAAUUCAAAACUUCACAAUUUGUGGGUCAAAGGAAUACUUCCAAUCCUAUUAACAUUACUUCAAAAAGUUGGUGCUCGCAUUAUCAGUGAUGUUCUGGUUUUGAUAGAUUUUUUUUCUGAGCAGAUCAAAUUUUCCAUGGGAGCUUGGAAAAACCCUUCAGAAAUUACAGUUUCAGUCAUUAUUGAGUCAACACAGCUAAUUUUACUUGUUGAUAUGCUUUAUAAGCUUACCCCUUCUUCUGAAAUGCUUUUACAUCAGCUUCAGGAUAUUAUUCCUCUAAGAGACGAUCUCUUAAACUCUAUCGACUACCUACUUUCACAUCCGAGGUUUUUAAAUGCAACCCUUAUCGCAACUACAGCAGAAGAAAAGGGGCUUUAUCUAAUUGAAGAUACAACCGAUAUUCCUGAAGGAAAUAAACUUCUUUCAUUAAUACAAGAAGAUCUAAAAGAAUUUAGAGAAUUAAUCGAACGUUCAGAUAUAGGAAAUUUUCAAAUCUAA